UGCUUCGCGCUCGCCGCCGAGGCCGUGCUGGGUCCCGAAGUUCUCCCGCAGGGACCCGACGGCGGGGAGCGCAGGACCGCGCUGUGCCGCGCCGCGGGGAGCAGCGGAGAGCCGGGCCCCAUGUCCUCAGAGAACAUGCUAGCGGUGCACUUCGACAAGCCGGGAGGACCAGAAAACCUUUACCUGAAGGAGGUGGCCAAGCCCAGCCCAGCAGAGGGUGAAGUCCUCCUGAAGGUGGCGGCCAGUGCCCUGAACCGGGCCGACUUACUCCAGAGACAGGGCCAGUACGCCCCACCCCCAGGAGCCAGCAGCAUUUUGGGACUGGAGGCAUCUGGACACAUAGCAGAGUUGGGGCCUGCCUGCCAGGGGCACUGGAAAAUUGGGGACCCAGCCAUGGUUCUGCUGCCUGGCGGGGGACAGGCUCAGUAUGUCACUGCCCCUGAAGAGUUCCUCAUGCCCAUCCCAGCAGGACUGACCCUGUCCCAGGCUGCAGCCAUCCCAGAGGCCUGGCUUACCGCCUUCCAGCUGUUACAUCUCGUGGGAAACGUUCAGGCUGGAGAGACUGUGCUAAUCCAUGCAGGAUCAAGUGGUGUGGGCACGGCUGCCAUCCAACUCGCCCGCAUGGCUGGAGCUAUUCCUCUAGUCACAGCUGGCUCCUGACACAAGCUUCAGAUGGCAGAAAAGCUUGGAGCAGCGGCCGGAUUCAAUUACAAAGAAGAGGAUUUUUCUGAAGCAACAAUGAAAUUCACCAAAGGUGCUGGAGUCAACCUUGUUCUAGACUGCAUAGGUGGAUCCUACUGGGAGAAAAACGUCAACUGCCUGGCUCUUGAUGGCCGCUGGAUUCUCUAUGGUCUGAUGGGAGGAACUGACGUCAGUGGACCUCUAUUUUCAAAGCUACUUUUUAAACGAGGAAGUCUGAUCACCACUCUGCUGAGGUCGAGGGACAAAAAGUACAAGCAAAGGCUGGUGGAGGCUUUUACAGAACAAAUCCUACCCCACUUCUCCACGGAGAGUCCCCAACGUCUACUGCCCGUGUUGGACAGAGUCUACCCCGUGACUGCAAUCCAAGAGGCCCAUGCAUACAUGGAGAGUAACAAGAACUUGGGCAAAAUCGUCCUGGAACCGCAAUGAAGGACAAGUUUCCCAGGACAAACUGGAGAAAGUCCAUAGUACGCAGGAAAGAGAUCGGGUGCUACUCCAAGCCGCCCUGUAACCUACUGGCCCUCCCCUGCUCUCGCCUCCGGAUCCGUGUAAAAAAAAUCGAAUGAAAUAAAGAGUAGAUCUGAAGGGUUGCCCUCUCACUGUGGCGGCCCCAGACCGCGGCCUGCGCCGCGGCGCGGGUGGGGUGGGAGUCGCGACCGCAGUUGUCGCAGGGAUUACAGCACAGGCCCGAAGAGUGGGUACUCAACUCUGGUCCAGGGCCGGGGGUCGCGGAUACCGAACGAACAGCGUCAGCCACUACACAACGUGCCACAACCCCCGAAAGCCUCUUUGCGCAGCACCAGAAGCCCGGGCCCACCCACCAG